GGAGUUGGGCUCCCCGACCAUGCCGAAGCUUGGUCGGGAAAAGUCUCCUCCACCCCCACCUCCACCAGGAACACCCUUCCCGCCUGGAUUCGACGCUGCCUCUUUUCUUCAGUGGGUCAGUUCCAGCCUGGGACUUCCUCAGGCGUCCAGUUCAUCCCGCCAACCUCGGGACGUUGACGGGGCGGUAGCGUCGACCAGCCGAGCCGGCGUAGUCGGUUCCGGGCGCAAGCAUCCAGGUUCGGAAGUGGAAGAGUGUUCGGAGGAGGGGGAAAUCACCAUUUCGGACUCUGAAGAGUCUGAUGAAGGUACUAGUAACUCCUUGUCAUUCGAUAAUCCUUACGAUAAGAAAGGGAAAGAAUCUGAACUUCCCGAGCAAGUCGCUACAUUUUUGACCGAGGUCUUUACUCAUAAAUUAACGUAUGCGGAGUUCAAGGAGAGGAAGGAAGCUUUUCCAACUCCACCUAGCGUGGAGUUAGCGCUUCGGGCACCCAUUCUAGACCCAGUAGUGGCGAAUAUGAUUAAGAACGACACCGUCAACACGGAUAAGAAUUUUAGUGAUUGUCAGGAUAAGAUGCUCAUGGCUGCUAACCCUCUGGUGGAGCUUUUAGCGGCAGUUAAGGGUUCGGACCAUCCCCUGAACCCAAAUGCUGUGUGUAAAGCGAUAGAAUCGUCCUUGGUCUUUUUGGGUUCAGCUUCCUCUACUAUGACUCAGUACAGAAGGGAAUUGUGCGGCAGGGACAUGAAACAGGAUAUGAAGCAUGUUUUCAAGACCGACUUGCCCACUGGUUCUUCCAAAUACUUGUUUGGAGACACCUUUUUGGAGAAGGUUAAUACAGCCGAUCAGGCUAGACGCACCUUGAGUAAGGCUUAUAAGCCAGCCCCUUCGAGUACUUCUAGGGCUAGGGACAGGUUUCAGUCCAACCGCUCGAAGUUUAACAACAACAACAACUACAACAAUGCUAGACCAUGGUCAAAUGCCGGGGGUAAGAAAACCUCGGGGUUUCGUUCAGCGCAGGGCACAAAAGGCCCAAACAAACAGUAGCUCUUCCUCGUCAUCAGACUCUGCUCUGUUCUCCGGUUCAGCACGCAGGGCGAACAGCUUUUUUCAUGAAAAACUGGGAAAGGAUUUCAACAGACAGAUGGCUUUUGCAAACAGUUCGGGGUUACCGUAUAGAAUGGGAGUCCACUCCAGUUCAGUUCGUUCAGCCGGUCACAAAUAUAUCUGGGGAGGACAGAGCAAAGGUUGUAGACGAGGAAGUGCACAGUAUGUUGGAGAAAGGUGCAGUGGUCCAGGUGGAGCCCUGCGAGGGCCAAUAUGUUUCUACGAUUUUCCUAGUCCCGAAAGCUCGGGGAGGCUGGAGACCGGUUAUAAACCUAAAGUCUUUAAACAAGUUUGUUCUGAAACGUACUUGCAAGUUCGAAGGGAUAAACCUAGUCAAAGAGUUGUGGAAAAAAGGAGAUUUUCUAGCAACUAUAGAUCUAAAGGAUGCGUACUUUACCAUCCCAAUAGCUCAGAGCGAUCGAAAAUUCCUUCGUUUUUCGUGGAGAGGAGUUCUUUGGGAAUUUCAGUGUCUUCCCUUCGGUCUGACGUCGGCGCCGAGGGUAUUUACCAAGGUUUUGCGGCCGAUUGUGGCCAUUCUAAGGAGACAAGGAUUGUUAAUAGUAAUUUUCCUAGACGACUUACUGAUCAUUGCAAGGUCGAGGGAACAGUGCUUAGAGCACAUUGCUAUAGCCAGAGAGCUUCUAGAGCAACUCGGUUUUGUUCUCAACCUGGAAAAGUCGCAGUUGAUACCGUCUCAGGUAGCGACCUUCCUAGGCCUUGUUCUCGAUUCUCGUACUUUGACAAUUUACCUACCAGAAGACAAGUUAGACAAGGUAGUGAGUUCUUGCCAAUCACUUCUAGAACAGGAGGUGAUAGGAACCAGGCAGCUAGCCAGCGUGGUGGGGCUGUUAGAGUCCACCAAGCAAGCCAUUCUUCCCGGGCCCUUACAUUUCCGGGCUCUGCAACAGCUUCUCAAUUUCGGCAUAAAGAAGCCGGGAAAAUUCGACUCUUCAGUCAGUCUAACCCCAGAUGCAGUAAAAGAUCUACAGUGGUGGAUCAGUCAUGUGCGCGAAGUAAACGGUCGCCGAGUCUUUGUUCCGUCAGACCUGACAAUUUGCACAGAUGCCUCACUGGAGGGAUGGGGCGCGCAUUGCAAUGGUCAGGAGACAGGCGGGCGCUGGUCACAGACAGAAGCGCGCAUGCACAUCAAUUGGCUAGAGUUGAAAGCGGCCUUCCUGGCGCUAAGAAGCUUUGUGAGCGCGGAUACUCAGCAUGUUCUGCUAAGGCUGGACAACACAACAGCCGUUGCAUAUGUGAAUCACAUGGGGGGAACAAGGUCGCCAGAUCUGGCAGCCUUGGCCCUGGAGAUGUGGUCGUGGGCCUUGGAAAGAGGCCUGAUGUUGUCUGCAACUCACGUUCCCGGAUUGACAAACACCCUAGCGGACAGGUGUUCGCGGGUUUUUCUGGACAAGGUCGAGUGGCAACUGAACCGCUCAGUUUUCCUGUCAUUGAACAAUUGGACAGGCAAUGCAUUGACAGUAGAUCUGUUUGCGUCUCGUCUGAAUGCUCAGCUGAAGGAGUAUGUCUCUUGGCACCCAGAACCAGAGGCCAUGGCAGUGGAUGCUCUAAACAUUCACUGGGGCAACCUGGGGCUAGCGUAUGCCUUUCCCCCCUUCAGCCUAGUGUUCAAGGUACUGAGAAAAGUCCAGUCAGACGUAGCAACAGUGAUUUUGAUAGCUCCAGUUUGGAAGUCUCAGGCUUGGUACCCCAAGGUGUUGAACAUGUUGUUCGAGAGUCCGGUUCUCCUGCCACAGAGCUGGGAUCUGCUGUUCCUGCCACACAACAGGAGACCCCAUCCGCUGUUGCCAGAUCUGAUGCUUGCCGCGUGGCCAAUAUCAGGCGACAGUUGCAGGGUCGGGGCCUUUCGGCAGGGGCUUCAGACCUCAUCCUCUCGGCUUGGAGAGAAAGUACUUCUAGACAGUAUCAGUCAGCAUGGGCUCAGUGGGCCAGCUGGUGUGAUAGAAGGGAGAUUGAUCCAGUUUGCGGCUCUAUAGAGAGCGUAGUAGAAUAUCUUGAAUGGAUGUUCCGACAGAACUACUGCUAUACAUUGUAUGUCAAUUGGGGUGGCUCGUUCUGCGAUCUCGUCUGUACACUUACCAGUAGACCAUUGUAAUGUGGGUAGUCACCCUCUAGUGUCCAAACUGAUGAGAGGUCUGUUUCACAAACGUCCUCCUUGUCCAAGAUAUGUUUCAACAUGGGACGUCAGUCGGGUCCUAGAGUACCUUCUGCAUUGUUGCCAAGCUAAUAGUCUUAGUUUGAAACAGCUGUUUCAUAAGUUGGUAACACUAGCGGCAUUGGUGUCAGCCGACAGGGGUCAGACUUUAGCGGCUCUUGACUUGAGAUUCAUGAAAAAA